AUGAAGCUUCAGCCUGCAGCAUUGAGCGCCGUGUUCCUGCUCGCUCUGCUCUCAUCUGAGUGCUGGGGCAGGAACGAGGAGGAGCGUCUGAUCAACUACCUGAUAAAGGAGCGAGGAUAUAACAAAGAGCUGCGACCUGUUGAAAGGCAGCAGGACGCUGUCGAUGUUUACCUCGCACUCACACUGUCCAACCUCAUUUCUCUGAAAGAGGUCGACGAAACUCUGCUGACGAACGUGUGGAUAGAUCACACGUGGACUGACUACCGACUGUCGUGGAAUGUGUCAGAGUUUGAUGGUAUCGAGGUGCUUCGAUUGCCAACCAGCAUGGUGUGGCUGCCGGAGAUCGUGUUGGAAAACAAUAAUGACGCCCAGUUCCAAGUGGCCUACUACAGUAAUGUUCUCGUGGAUUCUGCUGGUCUCUGCUAUUGGUUACCUCCCGCCAUCUUCCGCUCCUCCUGCUCCAUAAACGUCAACUACUUUCCCUUCGACUGGCAGAACUGCACGCUCAAAUUCACCUCUCUGACCUACAAUGCCAAAGAGAUCAGGAUGCUAUUGAAGGAGGAAUAUAGUGAGGAUUUAAGUGAGAAAUGGACGGUGGAGUGGAUCAUCAUUGACCCUGCAAGCUUCACAGAGAACGGUGAGUGGGAGAUCAUCCACCGGCCGGCCAAGAGGAACACUUACAAGCACAUUCCUAUGGAGAGCAACAAGCACCAGGACAUCACCUUCUACCUGGUCAUCAAACGCAAACCUCUCUUCUACAUCGUCAACAUCAUCAUCCCCUGUGUGCUCAUCUCCUUCCUGGCCUCGCUCGUCUACUACCUGCCUGCUGACAGUGGUGAGAAGAUGACCUUGUCCAUCUCAGUGCUGCUGGCUCAGUCUGUCUUUCUGCUGCUGAUCUCUCAAAGGCUGCCGGAGACUUCCAUGUCUGUUCCACUUAUUGUCAAAUACUUGAUGUUCAUCAUGGUGUUGGUGACGGUGGUGGUGUUGAACUGUGUGGUCGUCCUCAACCUGCACUUCAGGACACCGAGCACACACAUAAUGUCUGAAUGGACCAAAAAGUUCUUCCUUGAGCGGCUGCCCCGCAUCCUGCAUAUGUCUCGCCCCGCUGAGGAGGAACCACACUGGGAUGGAGCAUUGCCACGGCGAUCCAGCUCAGUGGGCUACAUUGCCUCGGCGGAGGAGUACUACAGUGUCAAGUCCCGCAGUGAGCUGAUGUUUGAGAGACAGUCGGUGAGGCACGGACUGACGGCCCGAGCCACACACGCAGCAAUUGUGAAGCCACAGGAGGAUGGAGGUGUGACAGAUCAGCUGUUUGCAGAAAUCAAGCCGGCGUUGGACGGAGCAAACUACAUCAUCAAACACAUGCGCAACAAGAACGACUACAAUGAGGAGAAAGAUAACUGGAGUGGCAUUGCUCGUACAGUGGACCGCCUCUGUCUCUUCCUGGUUACCCCGGUGAUGACGUUUGGCACCAUCAUCAUCUUCCUGAUGGGAAUCUGUAACCACCCUCCACAUCUGCCUUUCAAAGGAGACCCAUACGACUACAGAGAGGAAAACCCACGCCUGCUGUAACACACACAUACACACACACACACACACACACACACACAUUAGUAUAAUAUAUAAUUUAUACACUCUUGUUCAAAUCCAGGAGUUUGUUUCCUCUUUAUUAUUUUCGUUUGAUUUUUCUCCAGGUACACAGCUGUGUGUGUGUUUUUUUUUCUAAACUUAAAUUUGAAGUGAACAACUACAUCAGUAUGUGACUAUUUUAAUUUUCUUUGUGUGGUUUAAAUAAACAUUUAAACUCUGUAUUAUGUAUGAAUGUCUUUUUAUUUUUGUUCCUAUUGUCUGUUUUGUUUUGUUUUUUGUUAAAUAAUCCAGUCCCACAUACAUUAUAAGUAUCAUUUCUACAGUUUUCAAAACUAUAAGACAAAAGAGAGUUUUGAUGAUGAAGACUGAGGAGAAUCUUGAUAAAUUUAAAGACACUGACGGCUUCAAAUCAAUAAGACUUGUGUUUUUCAGCUGGUGAAUAUGAGUUAAAAUACAUCUUAUAAAUUAAAAUAGCUGCAAGGUUGUUUAUUUUUUUUUUCAAAAACUAAUUCUAAUUUAAACUUUCAAUGUUUAAAACUUUCUUGAGAUAAAAAGGAAUUAACACCACUCAGAAAUUGGAAACUUUAUUUUUUGACACAUAUUUCUUCUUUUCAUUCCUUCUGGGCUCAAAACAUUUUUCCAACAGAUGGUGAGAUGGAUGCAUCUCAAAAAUAUCAAAUUUUCAGGGACUCUUAAAAAUAUUUUUAUACAUUAAAGGUUAAAAUGAUCAGCUGAUUGAAAGAGGAAAUAAUAAGCAACUAUUUUUUAUAGCUGAUUAACCAUUUUAGUCAUUUUUCAAGGAAAAAUAAUGGAAAAAAGUGAAUGUAUUUCUUUGAGUUAUAGAGUGUCCGUCUGUCAAAAAUAGACACUUGGAUGUCACUGUGGUCUCGUAGAGGUUAAGUUAGCCAUCUUCUCACCAUUUUCUGUCCAUUUAAUAGACUACCAAAUAACUGAUCAUGAAAAUAAUUGAAAAGUUGCAGCCCUUAUUACAAAAUGACACUGUCAGUGCAAAUAUUUGAUACUCAAGCACAUUUUAAUGGGGAAAGUUAUGAGUUAAAGGAACAGUGUGUAAGAUUUAGGGGAAUUUAGCAGUGAGGACUGCAGAUUGCAACCAGCUAAAACUUCUCCCAUCUCAACCUGGCCUCACUCCGAAGUCGUGACUUCCGGUGACUAACAGCAACUUCUGGCAUUAGACACCAGUGAGAAAAGUUGUCCUUUCACGUUAGCAUGAAACUUAGCCAGUCACCAUUAUUGUUUAGGGGGUUUAGCAUUAAGGGAAAAUGCAGUGGGACAACAAUGAAAGUAAAGGCAGUGGAGGACGGAGUAGGGAGGGUGGGACGGCAGGUGGAUGGAUCCAACAAGCACUGACUGUCAUCCAGGAGGCUGGUGUUCACUUCCUGUGAGACUGUAAAGCCAAACUCUCUUUUUUCCUAAGCCCACCCAUGUAUGUGUUGGCAAAAGAUAACUAUGUGUGUUUGUUGCUGAAGGAAAAAAAUGUCAAUUCAUGGUGUUGUACCAACUUAGUGCAUUUAAUUUGAAAGAGACUGAUGCAAACUGUACAUUUCCUGUGAAAACAGAAGUUUAUUUUGAAAACAGACCAUGUAACAGGCUGAAGUUGACAGUGUCCCAAAACGUUACGCACCCAGGGUAACUUCCACAUCAUAUCUGGACAUGGAAAAUCCAUGACCAAAUGUUGAUAUGUUACAAGGUUGGAGUGAGAAUGUGUUGCCCAUCUGCCAACUGUGAAUUCCCAAUUAGAAUUCCUUCAGUGUUCAUUGUUCAGGGGUUUUUAACCAGGAGCUGAAGUAUCCACAGAGGUCUCUUCUUCUCCAAAACAAACUGACCAGAAGAUUAAAACCGGUAAAUACACUGAAUAAAACAAUUUCACGUUACAAAUCAGUGUUUUGCCAACACUGUUCAGCUUGCCGCAGACGGGUCGCUAGCCUAGCACCUGCUAAUGUGUGUUCACCUCUAUUCUCUGAUAACUUAAAAUCCAAAUGUUCAGGUUUUAGGUUUGGUAAAAACCAUUGAAAAAAAGCAGUUUCUCAUAUACAUUAAAAAAAAAAAAAAAAAAAAAAAUCUGUGUUUUUCAUCGUGGAGGGGCUGCCAACUACCGUGGCUGACAAUGUGAAUGUCAAUAUCUAGAGCCAGUGUUCAGUUUGUCCAUUCUGGGCUACUGUAGAAAUAGGGUGGUAAACAUGGCAAUCACUAGGAAUGAGGGCGUGAGAUAUAAACAGCUCAUUCUGAGGUAACAAAAACACAAUGAUUUUCAUUUUCAGGUGAUUAAACACUAAAGAAGCUUACUUAUUACAUUAUAUUUCAUGUCUGCCAGUACAUCCCCCUAAUCCUACACACUGGACCUUUAACUAAGAGCCAGAACUGUUACAUGUAACUGUAAUUAUGUGUUUCUUUUAUUGUGUGGUUAAUAUUUUCACUUCCAGCCUUCCAGUAUUAAUACUGGUAGUUAAAAAAAAAUGUAAAGGAAAAACACUGCACUCUGUGGAAAAAUACAGUCUGCUAAAUGACAGUGAAAAUAUCAGGUUUCAACCUCUGCUGAGGCUUUGUGUUGGCAGCCUGUGUUGUUCAACUGGUCUGAGCAGAUAAUUAUUAGCACUGACACAUAGGAAGGGAAUCAUUACCAACAUGUGUUUGUUUCACUGUGACUUUAAAUAUGCGCUGCAGUUUCCUGAGUGAGUUUUUACUUAAGUGAUUAUUAAUAUUCCUGUAUCAGCAGCAUUUGAGAUUGAAAAUAGUCUGGUAACACUGUCUUUGUGUUUUUACAUACUGUAGCAAGCAUUUUGUCAAGAUUCCUCGUUUCAUGAUUAAUAUUUGUGAUAUAUCACCA